AGGGGAGGGGUUUUGAUUGGCUGAAGUGGACCUGUUGCCACGGCAACGGCGAGGGGUUUGGUAGCGUUACCGUGUGCGCUGUGUGAUCUGCGCGCUGCGUGUAUGGAGGAAGCAGCUGCUGAUCUGAUCUCUGACAUUGUGUGAGACAGACAUCUGAAUAAACUGCGUGUAGACGUGUCUUUAAAUACACCACACCGGGAUACGUCUUGAAUGAUUACCUCUUUGGUUUAAUGGGUCCAAUCACUGGGAUGUCACCAGACAAGAAAACGGAAAUUCCGGGUAUGCUAGAAGAGCGGACAGGACUCAAAGGCGUCUGCGGCGUGGGAACCCUGCCCGAGGCGGAGUGCGCAUCCAGUCCUCUUGCAACAAGUGUGGAUCGCGCCGGCGGAGGCACUGAAGACGAGGAGCUCACCAACCUUAACUGGCUCCAUGAGAACCUUCUUCAGAACUUCGCUCUCGGUGGACCCGAAGCUCAGCCGAGUGGGAGUCCCCUAUUUGACAUAGAAGGAGAUUAUGGCUCAAACCAGGGCCCGUCGUCCUCCUCAUCUUCUCACAGCAGAGGCAGGGAGCGGGACUCGUUGAAGUCUAAGCCUCCUUUCUCCUUUUCCCUUCUCAUCUACAUGGCCAUCGAGCAGUCUCCCAGAAAGUCCUUGCCUGUUAAGGAAAUCUACGGCUGGAUUCUCGAGCACUUCCCUUACUUUUCCAACGCUCCCACCGGCUGGAAGAACUCAGUCCGUCACAACUUGUCUCUAAACAAAUGCUUCCGCAAGGUCGACAGGAGUCUGGGAAAGGCCAAUGGGAAAGGCUCACUCUGGUGUGUUGACCCCGAGUAUCGUCCCAAUCUAAUCCAAGCCCUUAAGAAGCAGCACUUCCCAGCCGCACAUGCCUUCUGCACACCCCCCGCCUCCCCGCCCAGUGCCUCCUCACCCCCUCGCCAUCUCUUUCUUCAAGGCUGCUCCUUCAAAGAGUCUGAUAUUGAUGCUGCCACUGCCAUGAUGCUCUUAAACUCUGCCCCCGGGCACCACGUUGACCGAUGUAACUCUGACGGCCCGCUUGACCUCUCUCGACCAGACUCUGUCCUGGUGAGUAGUGAUCCAAAGCAGGACCACAACUACAGCAGUGCCGCCCUGCAGCGCUGCUCCUCCCGUUCCUCCUCCUCCUCUCUUUCCUCCCUGGACGAAGGUGGCUGCGAUCGUAGACAGGCUUGCCGUGCCGGCAGCGAGGGUUUUCACAGCGACGAGGACUCCGACCUCUGGGACGAGAGGGGAGUUCAGCAGACUUCUCGACGUCCGCCCGCCAUCAAGUGGCCCAUAAGCAAGCGGGCACGGCGCGAGGUCAAACCGGAGCUGGACGAGGAGCUGAAGGAAGCCGCCGGCUCCUUGCUGCACCUUGCUGGUAUACGUAGCUGUGCAGAGGGGUCCAAACGCACUGUCAAGAGCACAAAACUUAACAGGAAAUGAAGUUCCCCAGGCCCCCAUAAGACUUCGGACCCUGUGAACCCCUGACUUCUGACCCCUGAUCGUGUGUCCCAGUGUGCCUCCUGCUCCUCACCUGAUCGUUCUUUGGCCAUUUUGAGCCUGUUUUCUUUUUUUUUUUUUCUUUUUUUUUUUGGUUGGGAGUAUCUCUGUCCAACAAACAAAUGGCAAUAGUAUCGUUCACACAGGAGAACAAAGCCAUAUAGAGUAACUGGAGGGUGGGUGGGACUCCCAGGGGUGGGUGCUUGGGCUGUGGAGAAUCAGCACACCUAUCCAGAGCGAUCCGCCUACUUCAGUCGGACAAGAAGAUUUUGGAAUCUUUGUUUCAGAGACAAAAAAAAAAAAAGCUGAAGGUUUUUAUAACUGAAAGCGUUUGCAUGCUUCCUCCUUACACCUGUAUCCUCUUCCAAGUGAAUAUUUAUGGAGCAGAUGAGUGCAUGUUUGUAACAGACAGAAUCUAACCUCCUGGUGUUAUCACUUUCUCCUGAAAAAAGAAAGCAGCUACUUCAAAAGCAACGCUUUCUCUUGUAAAACAUGCAAUAAUCAAUCCACAACCUUAACUUUUUGACGUGUCUUCAUGGUUGGCGUUCUUUAGAAUCAGAGCCGAGCGUGCUAGGUGAACUUUACAAUGAGGAAAGUGAACGGGGGUAGUAUUAUCCUCUUAUGGUGCGAUGAACUUAUUACACAAGAGGAGCGGCUCCCAGUCGGGAUCAGUAAGACGUAGAAAUAGUAUUAUUCUGCCACUGCCAAAUUUAGUUGCUCCGGAAGCGCUCGUCCCAUUUCACGCUGUCCUCGCUCGUUCGCUGACCCUCAUCCCAUCAGUCCUACUUCACUCACCUGCGUGAUGUUUGAGCUUUUAUCAUAGAGGCAAACCACAGGCACUCACAUGUUUGGUGACAGCCUAUGCAACACAAACAUGUGCCCAGAUGUUGGCUGUGUGUCUAUAGGUAAUCCUCCAUAGAUUUAUUAUUUUUAUUUUUUAUUUUCGUAUCAUAGUGCAUGCUGACUUUCAUAAUUCUGACAUGAUUCUGGUAAGAAAAAGUUUAAAAACCUGAUUUCAUUUAAUUUUUUUUAUUGAUAAUUCAGGCUCAAAGCUACGGAAACUCAGAGGUGCCACCCACGCAACAAUAAAAUUCAAGCAAUUUCACGUAAUAACAUGAUCACUUUAUUGUUCGUGCUCUUACUACACAUAAAACAUCAACAUAUAUACAGUAAAGUUAUAGUGUGAUAUACACUAGUGUGCAUUUUUUUUUGCAUGGGUGGCAGCUUUACAUUUCCGUAUAUUCCUGUCGUGUCGUUGGACUUCCUGGCUCUCUAAUCGCUCUUGGUCUUCUUCAGUGCCCAUCUGGUUAAACCACAGAACAGAAUCAGAUUUUGUGAUCAAUAUUUAGUUUUCAGCUGAGUAAUAAGUCACCUAAACGAAGGCUAGCUCAACAGUCACAUCUCCUCUAGAGGGGUACAGCCUCGACCCGUGCUGACAUCCUCUCUGCGCGAGCUGAGAGUGUGUUCACUGUUGCUCUUCCCGUUGGAACAAAAUAAGGAAGUACACAUUCUCAAGCUGUAAAAUGGAGUUGAUAGCAUGCAGCUCGCUGAUAGGAAGUUGCGAGGCGCUAAAGUCGACGGCCACAGAUGCCUGCACAUCCACAGGAUGCCGUUUAGCCUGGAAGCUCCUCAGAGUAGUCGUGUCACUGUCGCUGUAGCACGUGUGGGUCGGUGCCAAACGUUCUCUUGUGCCACUGAUGCGAAACUUCGAAAGGGCCACAGCCACUAUUAUGUCCCUGCUGCCACCAUGUAGUUUGAGUUCUGUGAAAAAAAAGAAAAUGGGAGACGACUCCAGUCAGUGCAGAUGAAACCAGACCUCUGGUCUUCAUUGAGUUUGUUUUUUUGUCACUUUGCAAUGUUAAGCUGCAGUUCCUGGAACUAGUACACACACUGGUCAUGUUAUCUGUGAACAAAAGAACAAAUUAAUGUUCAUUAGUUAUCGUUAUUAUUUAUAUUUUUAAUUUAUGGAAUUUUUUUUUAUCAUGGAUGCUAAAUCAGACACUGGUCACGUGACAAAGAAGCUAAGCACAUGUAUUCUACUUCCUCUUUAAACUUGUGUUUUUGUCUCCUUACUUUGCAACUAGACUUUUUGAAAGUGAGUUGCAGUGAAAAAGGAUUUUGCCAACAGUAAAUGUCUUUUCCCCUCUCAUUUUACCACUGACUGCCAAUUUUUUAUUUAGCUUUUAUCUUAUUACACUGGAUAGAAAACAUUUAUAAUGGGUCUUUUAACUUUGUUGCUGCCAAAAGUGGUGAACAGCGGGAGAAAAGAGCCCAGGCAUUCCCCAUAUUGUGUCAAAGACCCUGGAAGCCAAUUAAACUAUUUUUUUGACAUUUGUCUCGUAUGUUGUUUAUGUUUAUGUCGUGACCUGAAUAGUCAGGAGUUGAUUACACAUUAGACAUUUACUGGCACGCAUAGCUUGUAAUGUUAUGGGAUUCUGGGUCAGACUGGUUCAGCCAGCCAUGCAGCUGCAGCCCAGAAUCGGACCCGUGUUCGAUUACGACGACAGCUGCAGCUUUUGUUUUUUAUUUGGGUAAAAUCAAAGAUGUGAAGGUCUUAAAGUGACAAAGCUGAUAUGUGGACCAGAUAAAUGUUUCUGGAUACCAGGAUUCAUACAAUAACAACAAACUGCUUCAUUGCUCAACAGUUGAUGAAUAUUGAUUAUGUGAUUUUUUAUUUUUAUUUUUAAUUUUUUUCUUGUUGCAGAUUAUUUCUGGUUGCAAUUAAAUUUGUAUUUAUUUUUAUUUUUUGCAUUUGACAAAAGCUGCCAACCCAGUAUCAGUUUUCCUGUUGUCCGCCCUGUCUGUUGGACUGACACACCUGUUUUGGUUUUCGUAUGCUAACCUCUGUUGAUAAAAUGUUUAUAAGAUUUAUUUUCGCCAAAGAUAUGCAAUUGCAUUAUAUAUGGUAUUACAAAAUAUUAAUAAAAUCCUGUUCUUGUUA